GCAGAGAUUCACAGCCAAAUAAUAAUCACCCUGGAGUUAAUGAGCCAUCUUCUUCCGAGUAAUCUGUUUACCAACAACCAACCAAAAAACACAACACAACAAACCCACUCGUUUCAUUCAGGAAAACAACAAUACCCUCAGUCAUCACUCCUCAAAACAACAACAACAACAACCUCAAGAAGAAGAAUACCCCUCAAAAAAACAACAACUCAUUUGGAAACGCAUAACCACCCCUCUCUUUCGAUUCUUGAUCACUCUCAUAAACACACCAAAAAAAACAAAACAUUAUCUUGGAAGAUUAAAGAAGGAAAGAAAAAACGAAAAGCGCACAGACCGACGGAUUUGAACGCCAAGAAUACACACACAUACGGAAUCAUAUACCAAACCCCGAUUCAAACUUGUUCUCUUCUCUGGGGUGGCGGGGUGGCUCAGUCAGUGGACGACGAGAAUGAAAAGCUCAAGAUGGACUCAAACGAUCAAACCGACGAUCAACCAAUUUUUACCCCAAUCAGUAUACGGAAAGACCUUCCUAAUAAUCACCAUCCUAGAGUCAUGCAUCGAUGUCAUCCUCGAGUCCGUCGUAAUCGCCCGGCUCAACCUCAUCCACACCUUCAAACUCUCCUUCGACUCUGCGGCCACCAAGACCCCCUUGGCCGUCUAUCUUGGCAUCUUCAUCCUCGCCCAUCUCUUCCAACUCUACUUCGCCUUAGACGCCCUUCGUCAUAAAAAUACUAUCCAGCUCAUCGGACUGUGUUGUUUCAACUUCGCCUUCUUGGUCUAUGCUAUCAUUCAAGUGCCUGAAAUUAGAAAAAUCGAAUCGGUAGAAGGCAGUAAUAGUACUAACUCCAACCUAACUCCUGCGAUCAUCCUCUCGAUCAUCCCGGCUUGUAUCGGGAUCUCACAGGUCGCUUUCGUCUAUCUAACAUGGCAUCUCUUCAAAGAAUUUGGUUGGCAGAUCUACAAACAAAUCGGCGCGGAUAGGAAGAUCAAACGGGUCUAUCUGUGGUACCAAAUUUUCAUGUGUCUAUUGAAGUUUGAUUACUUCUUCUUUAUGGCAUUCACCGUCCAACUAGUCUUAUUGGUCCCCUCAGUCAGCCCCCUGGAACGAGUUCUGACGAUCAUCGCCUUACCAACCACUUUUCUCUUCUUGGUCAUUGGGUAUUACGGCGUCCGAAAAGAAAUCAAAUCGGUCACUUGUUUGUUCAUGCUUGGUCUGCUCUCUGGAUCUUGUUACUUCGUCUACAAGCUCUUUAGGAUUUGGCAAGGUCGAUCGAAUGUUCUCUCUUAUGCAAACGUCUUCAAAUCUUUGACUGUCUUCUCCGUCUCUUGUCUUUUGAUGACCCUUCUGAGCUUUACUUCUGCGAUCAUUUGCUUAUUGAAUUUCGGGAAAGGAUUGAAACCACAAAUUGAUAAGACUUCGAGUACGAGGAAGAAGCCGUCUGAACGACGACGGCAAGCUGAGCGAGUAUAUGGGAAUACUGGUGAAGGAAGAAGACAGCACGACGAGCAGGGAGGAGAGAGAUAUUCGCGAACGGGGAGCGGGACGACCUUAGGGACGAUGACGAAGCAAGGAGGAUUAGAGGUGUACAUGGAUGGAGGGAUGGAGCAACAGAAGCUGUCGACCUUCAAGUCGAAUAACCAUCAACACGGCUUCCUUGAGGACCCGGUUGGCGGAUACUUCUCGAGCCAUCUCGACUUUGAUGAUGACGAUCGACUGCGAUCCUCGCCGCCUACUCUUCCACCCCCGCCCUUCGAACUCUCCGCUCCUAACCAUCACUUGCUCAAUCUCUCUUUCCCUCAAUCUACCGCUACUCCUACUACCACCCUCUCCCAGGCUCGUACUACUCAUCAGCCCCACGGCUUCCUCCAUUCUCAUUCUCAACGUCGUCAGAACUCGGCCUCGAUCAAUGACGACUCUCAGAAACGGAUGUCGAUCGAUUAGAUCCGUCUUCUUCUCUUCUCUUCUUCUCCUUCCCUUUCUUUCUUUCUCCAAAGCAUUCCUUUUUCUUCUUUUUUUUUGAAUUCAUUCGAUCUCACUUUUCAUUCUCGUUUUCCAUUCCAUACACGCCUCGUAUAUUUAUAUCUUGUCCUCUCUUUCUGUCUCUUUCUCACACUUACCUCACCAUCCAUAACAAAUCCACUUAUCAUUCACAUUCCUCCAACCUGAUAAUAAAUACCUUCCUCUUGUGCGACUGGAUUCACCUUAUAUUCAUAUAUAUAUAUAUAUAUCCACAUUAUAUUCGUCUCUUUGAAUCGUUCACUCUUGGUCCCCCAAAAAUACACCCCUCAAUUUCACCCUCUUUUCUUUCCUUUUCUUUGUUGAAACAAACAAAAACAAACUAAAGAAAACAAUGAUUCACUUGGCCACCCACUCUCUUGUUCAACACGUGUCCUUCCUCUUUCUUUUCUUUUCUUUUCUUUUCUUUUCUUUUCUUUUCUUUUCUUUUUGACUGUCUCUGUCU